UUUCAGGAAGAAUAAAAUUUUUGAACACAUAGAGGUCAGCAGUCCAGGGCUCUAAUGCAAACGGUGGUUUGUCGUGCUGAACCACCCCAAGAACUUUCCGUUCUUCCGAGGCAACCGCUUAUUCUCGUUCCGGUUCGAGAUGUGAAAAUUGCGGCAAUGUCAUCUAUGAUGAGUCCUGCACCGAGCACUAGCAAAGGACCUCGACCGAUCCUGCCUCGCACUACUGCUCCGAAAAAUCCGGAAACACCAGGAUCAAGCGAUGGCUUACCAUCCACUGGACAGCCAACAAGACGUGGGUGGGCCACUGCCCGAAGUGAGCAGUUGAGGAAGAAGAUCGAGCAGCGGCCGUCUCGAGAACGUCUCCUCAAUCAGCACAUUUUACUGUCUGAUGGCCGUGUGGCGCCAUUGAUAGAACAACGGGCGCGUCUACUACGACAGGAUCGUAUUCGUCGAAAUCUUAGUCGAAAACUAGAGGCGCGGCCCGGACCUUUAGAGUUGGUGACGAGAAAAAUUCUACAAGCCGACGCUGAUCUCGAACAAGCCAUUGAAGAAGGCCGUGUUCUGUUCCAACCAACAAGCGAUAACGUUAGAGAGGAGGAGAGCGAAAUGCCAAGUCCUUUAUCGACAGACAUGGAGAUCGUUUCACAAGCAGCAAUUCGAACUCAGAAUAAGCCCGUAAAUGUGCUCUCAAACAAAGGAAUUAUCCGAAAGAAAUCGACUCCUUACAAGCAGUGCGAUCCUUUGCCUCUUCGGGCAAAAACUAAAGCUCCGGAUAGCAAAGAGGAUGAUGAAGUGACCGUUAUUGGAGAGGUUCGGUCUCCUGCGGAACAGCCCCCAAGAAGCUCAGAGAACAAUUAUGAGCUAUUGUUACAGCAGCAAAAGUUAUUUCUUCAAUGGCAGCAUAACGAUGAAACUCCACCCCAGACACAAGAUAACCAAAUGCAAAUGUACGAUGUUCAUACAGCAAGUCCUGCCACCACAUCCCCAAGCAACAAUCAAGUGACCGUUCGGCGAUUAAGUGACUACAAAGUCCAGGAACUGAAGAAUGAGUGCAAAAAAAGGCAGCUGCCAGUGUCAGGGGCCAAACCGCAACUUCUGGAGCGAUUGCGUCCGUUCGAGAAGGCGAUUCUGGGUGUAUCACCGCCUCCAACACCGGAACCAGUCCAGUUCACGGGUACGAACACCUCUGGAGUUGUCAACACUAACGUGACGACGACCACAACAAAUUCUGUGCAGGAAGUUCAAUCUUCAGGCAUACAGGAUUUACAGGAACCUGUGAUGCAGACUACACAGACCGUGUCAUGUCAUACACAACCGGCAGCAAUGCAAAUACAACAACAACCACAAGAGCAACUUAGAGCUACUACAACGGGCCUUCAUGACUAUCUUGGUCGACCGGUGGUCUUACAGUUAUCGCCACAACUGGUACAGCUCACUGACGCAAAAGGGACACCUGUUGGCGUGGCUUCUGUUCAGUACAUUCCUGGAUCUGCACAUCCGGUUGUGCUCUCCUAUCAUCAAAGAGGCCCUCAACUAACGACGGCUCAACCAGUGGCCACAACCCAACCGGGAUCAACGUCACCAGCAGCACAGCAACGGAUCGCUCAUGUCAUCCCCAUAGCGCAGGGUGCGGUAGCCACAGCGCAGCCCCAGCAAACGGUCUUCACCACCAGCGUGCCACCACUUACGGGUCAACCACGGGUUGUGCAAGCUACUCAGGUUGUUCAGAAACAAAACGACAACACAUUCCGGUUUGCUCAAAUGGGAUCUGGCGGACAGUUUACUGUAGCUCCGCCCACAGAGAGAAGUCAAAGCAAAGCAACACCCGUGGUCAUGAAAGCAGCAGGAGCACCCACUAUAAUCGCCUCUUCAAAGCAUAGCAUAACGAGUAUCAUCGGGCUAAGUCAAACACCUGCACAAAUGGCGACGAUGACUACGACUGCGUCAUCACAGCAGCCGUUGAUUGUCGCAUUUCAGCCCACAACUGCAACCUAUCAAACUUCUCCUCCUCAAACUACCACUCAGCAGAAUGCACAGCAAACAACAGUCAUUCAAGGUGGAUACACUAGUGAGAGUUUGAACCCAUGCCUCCAAGAUAGCCCGCGUACAGCAGAUUUGGCUGGGGAUUCACCACACAUGCCAAAUAGUGGACAGUCUGAGACUAUUUCCGAAACAGGCGAUGGGACCGUUGACAAUCCGAUAACGUUCGAUGAUCCUUCGUCUAUUUUGACUCCGGCUGCGUUGUCAAUGCAUGAAGAGAUGUUACGGGCGCAGCAGAAGAAGAUCGAGGGCUUGUUGGAAGAAUUGGCAAAAAGCCAGGCACAUCUGAAGCAAGAGCAGCAACUCAUUCUUACGGCCAAAAAAGCUCAACAACGUAUUCGUGAACAACAACGGGAAAAUGCUACUAAUCGUGAACGAGAGCAAUGGUUACGGGAACUAGAUGUCGGACAUAUCAACAAGCAACACAUCCAGCAUUUCUUGCAGCAUAAAAAACAACAAGCUGCUCUGCAGAGACAUUCCAUGGAACAUAAUCGAUUAACUACCACUGAAGCAAGGUUGCAGGAAGAAUUGCAUGUUGAACAAGCAGUUCAGGAUAUUGUACGAUUAAUCAAACAGGAUCCAAGGACAGCCUUGCUCAUAGUACAACUUCUUCGAAGGUACCAGUUGGAAAGAAAUGCUGAGCAACAGCAAGCUAGUUCUCCUGACACUGAGAAAGAAUCUCAAACAAACUCGCCUGCUCCUACUGCGCAGGAAUCCGUUGAAACCACUUACGAGAUCCCAGCGCAAAACUUUGAGCAACAAAACCAGAAGGCGAAUGUUGUCCAAGAAGACCAACAACUCCAAUCUGUCAUUAUCUGCGAUGCUUCUGGAAUGCAGUUGAAUCAUGAUCAGCCUGUUGUCUACCAUCAAAAUGGGAGAGCUCAAAACUUAAGGAUAGUUCAAGAGGGCAAGUCGCAAACUGUCGAUAUGGAAGAAAUUUUCAAAAGUGUUCUUGAAGACGCAUCUCGAGCUAUGGGUAACAGUGGUGCGGUCGUUCAGAGUGUCGACUGCACAAUGACCAAUAGUGCCCAACAAUCUCAACAAGCUAUGGUGGUCUGCCACCAGCAAUGGCAGCAACCUAUGCAACUUUCCGAGAUGGAAGUUGAGGGAACGACUUCUGAAAAUUGUGCUCAACAGCCUCAAUCUCAGAUCGUCACCCAUGCUACUUUGCAAACUGGCUUGAAUACGGCGCAAGCAAAUCAGAUGAUGAUGAGUAAUGAGCAGGCAUAUGAGCAGCAUCCACCACAUGGUUACUCCCAAGACAUCGAUGACUUGAUGGCUGUUCUCAGAGAUGAUCAAGAUUGUUUUGCAGAUGGUAGCAAGCUAGGCUGCUUUCAAAUGGACCUUGGCGUGGGUUACGGUAGCGAAGAGCUUGCAGAUCUCCUCGGCGAUGAUUGGUUGGAUUGCGCUGACCGUAGCAUAGCCAACAAUGGACAGUAUACUCCGUACAGCAAUGAACCACACGAUAGCAUCGGUGGACGCAGUACGGACCCAAUGUGCAUGCCGACGCAUGUGGAGGAAAGUGGCGAUCAGAACAUGGACUGGUUGGAUGUGAUGCUUCAAAACGCCCCUAUUGAGCAGCGACCAUACGGAAGCAGCUAAGAUAUAGACCUCCACUAAUUCAACGAACAUGAGAACAAAGUCGGCAAUUCAAGUUGCCGAAAAAUGUCCAGAUCCCUCACGCUCAAACUACAGCCACAAAUUUAUGGUGCUCCAGGACUGAUGAAAAAGUCCUUGGCUCUUUGAUGUUCAAGCAUAAUCCCCAGAGUAACGAUGGCAUUAGAAAUGCAUCUGCUUUGUAUGUAAUCAAGCAUUCAUUAUGCUUUAUCGAAUUUAUACAUGUAAUAGGAAAGGUAUCCUCUUAUACGAGGUUCCAAUCGGUGCCUAAGCUAGCUUUAACACACGUGUAAUUAUUAUGUUACGAUCUUUUUUCAAUCUUGUUACUAGUGGUAAGCUUCUUUCGUUUUCUCAUCACCUUCCCAAAGUCUCAAUAGCCUUUCUCUCUCCCCCCCCCCCCUCCGCCCUCUCCCUUCCUCUUUCCACUCAAAUCGUUCCUUGGUUUCAUCAAUUUCCACACAUCUACCUGCUAUUCUGUUAAUGUCGACGUUCACAGCAUAGGCUCAUCGAGAGCAUUCCACAAGCAAAAACGCGUUACCGUGCCCCUAUUCAGCGCCUACGGCUGUGACUUGACUAUACUCAAUACCAUGACAAUUUUGCUCGUUAUGUUACCCCCCUGUUUUCUUUUAUUGAAAUGCUGUUUGUUCUUGCAUCAUCCGUACUGCCAUUAGUGUACUUAGCUUCUUAUUGUCGUGUGAUCUGUUUUAGUUACCCAAAGCUAAGAAAAAUCGGUUGUAGAACAUUCCGAACCGUAUUCCGCAUUUUUAUCCAUAAUGAUGGUAAUUGAUAUUUACAUAUUGAUUUUUACAAGUAGACGUUCCUUGUGUCCUUUUUUACGACAUCGACGUCUUCGUGGUGUCUCUCGCUCACGGAUUCCAUCAUUUGGCCUAGCUAAUUCGGGACAACUUCCGCUCAGAAUUCCAUUCAUGCCACAUGCAUACUAUCCCAACGUCCCAUUCCGUGUCAUUAUAGAACAGUGUAUUGAUUGUGCGAUUCUUGAUCCUCUCUACAAACUUCUACUAUGUCUUGAACAAGAACUUGUAACGCAUAUUACUGGUUUCACAAAUGAUGCCUCAUCUCUCUUGUCCGGUGUUUAAUGAAUCGUACAAUCCUAUAUUCUCUAGAUUUUAGCAGAUCCCAGUUUUCUUUAUUUAUCGCAUUGUUCUGCUGACUAAUAAAUUUGCUUCUCCUUU